GUUUUCUGUCUGGAUUGUGUAUUAAAACGAUAAUGAGAAAUUAGUGAAAGGUACCGGACUUCGUCCUUGAAUAUAAGGACGAUACGGUUGAGUACCUACAGUAAAAGAUGAGGUGUUAUUUAUUUUUGAGAAGAUCUGGAUGGUCAGUAAUGAGGUGUUUAUGGUGUUUUGAGAACCAUGUACAGAUUAAAAUACCUAUAGGUACCCAUACCGACACCGUUAUGUGAUUGGUGUAUAGACUAGGUCACCGAUUCUCCAGUUGGUUCCGUAUACUCAAGAACUCAAGAAGUCCACUCUUAGUCAGUUCGAAAGUGCGUGGCCACACGUGAUUAUAAAAUUUACGUGUGCUUUUGAUAGUGCAUUUCCUCUAGGAUAUAAACAUAAACCAUGAAGUGCAUAGCGCUUCUGUUUUUAAUUGCCGUAUUGGGGCAUUGUUGGCGUCUUGGUCAUGCCACCUGCGUACUGGAGUCGGAUUUCGGGUUUGUCAUCAACUGUGCUUUUAAGAAAUCUGGACUAUUUCGAGUUAGAAACCUUGGUGGUAUCAAAGCCCAUGUAGGCUUGGGGUUCAGCCUUGGCGAUGAACUAGGAUUCAAGGAAUCCUUGUCGAAUGUUGAAAAUAACAGGAGAAGAUCAGCUGAAGGAUCAAAAUUUCAAGCGACCAUAGUCCAAUCUCAACAAGCAAACGCUGGCAAAGCCGUAACAGCUCGAGCCACUUCGAACAAUCAAACCAGAAGUGCCCCUGGUAAACAACUGAAUUUAGCAGCUGUAAUGCCUACUAAAGUCCCUGUAAAUAUUCCCCAGUUCAAACCCAUUCCCCCGGCUCCUGAACGUCCUGUAUAUUCUUCGGUGAAUAGUACUAGACGUGUAGGUAACGAAAUCGACUCAAAUUUGGAUAAUGCUCAGCCAGCUUCUGCUUCUAAACCUAGGCCUUUUGGCUUACCCGAUCAGCCCUUUAAAUCUCAAAAGGACGACGGAAAACUGAGUAGUACAAACCUUUCCUUGAGGACGUUACCUUCUCCUUCAAAUAACGAAGUUUCUUCUUAUUCCAAAGUUCCUCUUAAUCCCAUUCAAGUGCUAAGUGGCGUUACUAAUAUUUCCGCCGAAGUAUUAGAAGCGGCAAUCUUGAUGCGCGAACGUGAGCUACUUAGGCAGAAAAGUUCGACUACUUAUAAACCACCUCAUACACCUGUCAGGCAUAUCACAUCUUCGAAUAAAGUUAUGAACGCACCGAAAGAAUAUUAUCCUGCUGGAUACGAUAAGAAUUUUGACGACAAUUUCGCCUCGAGAGUUGACCUUCCGGAAACGUCUUUCUAUUGCGGUGACCAGAAACAUUUCCCAGGGUUAUACGCCGACGAAGAUCUCGGAUGUAUGGUGUUUCAUGUGUGCGCUCUAACCGAUGACGGUCUUGUAAUGAAAAGUUUUUUGUGUCCUGAAUCUACGUUAUUCGAUCAAACGAUUCUUAAAUGCAACUGGUGGUUUUAUGUGGACUGCAAAAAUUCUAAAAAGCUCUACGAUUCGAACAUUCCAAUUUCGAAAAGCUAUCAACUUAUGAAAGCCCUUACAUUCUUUUCGACAUACAAGAAAGGUGGGACAGCGAAAUCGAAAACGAAAGACUGAUGUGCACGUAAAUAAUUUUUUUUAUUUCUAAUUAAAAAAUUGCUCAAUUAAACGGGGCGUAACCUGAACAAUUAGUUAAAGCUGCAAAUCUUAUUAUUAAUCUCGACAAAAAUAGGUGCAUUUGAUACAUGACGACAGACAUUUAUUAACUUUUUUUGUACUUAUAUCGUUAGAUAUAUUUGAAAAAAAGAACCAGUUUGCAGCAGGUCAGUCAAUAAUUUUUUUAUUUUAACACAGGAAAACAAAGCACUCAUUUAAAGGCUUUCAGUUAUUUAUGUAAUGUACCUACUAAUGCUUUAUUUGAAGCAUUUUUUUAUAGUCACGAUUUUGUAGAAUAUGCAUUAAUAAACCCCAUAGUCACUUGUGUGUAGUUCCAUAUAAAUUGGCUCUCGAACAGCAGCAAAACUAGUCAUAGUCUUUAUUAGUGUUUUGAAUUAAUGAUUAAUUAGUUUUUAAUAUUAACUAAAAAUGUGUUUUUGUUAAUGGCAUUUUCCCAUCUUAGGAAAAUGUUAUUUAUUUAAGAAUGUCAUUUUGAAAUCAAUUGAAAUACAUUAUGUACAGGGUGUUCAUAUUUAUUAUUAAGCACAUCGCUAACAGUUGAUGUCUUGCUGUUCUAAUUGUGGAUAGAUACUCAUAUGAAGAUGAAGAACAUUUUACAUAUGUUUGAUCUAUAUUAUAUUUAUGCUUAAAGCUGUUUGUGCCUUUUUUAUAAUUAGUAGCAGUAGUUAAAUACGUAUAUACAUAUAAAUAUAGUGUGCCGUAGUGUAGUUUUAUAAAAGAACUGUACAUAACUA